GUGGCCUGUGGCUCGCUCACGCCGCCACCUCCUCUUCUUCUUCUUCCUCGAAGCUUCUUUUUGAACAAUUCCCGUUUUCACAUACGGAAGAGUCUUUCAAAAAAAAGAAACCGUCAAAAAGCCACCGUUUGUUCUGAUUUUUCGUCCUCGAUCAAAUGGCGUCGUUCGAUGAAGCACCUCCUGGAAACCCUAAGGCCGGAGAGAAGAUCUUCAGAACCAAGUGUGCGCAGUGCCACACCGUCGAUAAAGGUGCCGGUCACAAACAAGGACCAAACUUGAAUGGAUUGUUUGGGAGGCAAUCUGGAACAACUCCGGGAUAUUCUUACUCUGCUGCUAACAAAAACAUGGCUGUUAUGUGGGAGGAGAAGACUCUCUACGAUUACUUGUUGAACCCCAAGAAGUACAUUCCUGGGACGAAAAUGGUGUUUCCUGGACUGAAAAAGCCACAAGAUCGUGCUGAUCUCAUCGCUUAUUUGAAGGAAGGUACUGCAUAGACAAGACAACGCUCGCUCGGACAUACAUGCAGCCUCUAUUCCCGUUCAUUUUUUUAAACAGAUAAAAUAAAUCAGACCCGAAAAAUAUUGUGGUCAUGAACUGGUUUUCUAUAUGCUCUUUUUUUUACACUUGGUUGAUGAGGCGAGUUGCCUCUUAUAAAGUCGAAUAUUCGUUUUUGAUGUGCAGAACCCAAUCUCCACCACGAAUAUUUAUGAGAAUUUUAUCCAACUUGCCUACUUUUGUUUA